CCUCCUCAGGCUGACUCGUCAUUCAUCCAAAGUCACGGCAACGAGCUGGAAGCAAAAGUUUUGUUCCGUUCCGAUUACUCCUCCGGUGCUUCCUCGAGUGCGUGUGUGUUUGUGUGUGUGCCUCCGUCAAGGUGGUUCGUUCACAACAAGAACAGUUAUUUACACCAGUCUCGCAAUUUGGGGAAACAACGCACUUUGAGCUUUGACUCGUGAAAUCAAAAUGGGCAACAAAUCUUCGCUGCUGCUCCGGGAGGAGGAAAUUACGCAAAUUCACGAGGAAACGGGAUUCACCCCGAACCAGAUCGAGCGCCUGUACUCGCGCUUCACCUCGCUGGACCGCAGCGAUUGCGGAACCCUGUCCCGGGAGGACUUUCUGCGCAUCCCGGAGCUGGCCAUCAACCCGCUGUGCGAGCGCAUCGUGCACUCCUUCUUCGCGGACAGCAGCGACGAUCGGGUCAACUUCCGCCAGUUUACCCAAGUGCUGGCCCACUUCCGGCCGAUCAAACCGAGCAAGGAGAACAAACUCAACAGCCGGGAGGAGAAGCUGCGGUUCGCGUUCAAGAUGUACGACCUGGACGACGACGAGACCAUCUCGCGGGAGGAGCUGCUGAGCAUUCUGCACAUGAUGGUGGGGGCGAACAUUAGCCAGGACCAGCUGAACAGCAUCGCGGAGCGGACGAUCGUGGAGGCGGACUCGAUGGGCCAGGGCAAGAUUACGUUCGAUGAUUUUUGCCGCGCGCUGGAGCGCACCGACGUCGAGCAGAAGAUGAGCAUUCGUUUCCUCAACUGAAGCCGGCGCUCGUCGUGGUGUGACUGGUUCGCCCAUUUGGGGAGGGGCGAGGGAGGGGGAGGAGGGGGCGGACCAGCCUAGGAAGUCGACACACACACAUUGGGUAUGGUCGGUGCAUUUUUUCUGAAUUUUGGGUUGGAUUGGUUCUUUUUGGGGUGAGAAGAUUGUUUGCCGGAUGUUGGAUGCUUGAAAAAA